UGCUCCAGUGGGACUGGGGAGUCCGGUGGGUGGACUGGAGCUUCCUCUGUACCAGCGGGAGGCGGAUGGCUGAUUGUCACCUCUGGCACCUGGUGCUCUGAUGGUGCUGAGCGGGACGGAACUACUGGUGCCCCUUGGGCCUGGUGGUGUGGGCCUAGGUCCUGGGCCUGUCCCUCUUGGAAGACCCCGGUGGGCACAUCAGACUCACGGUCCUGUGCAUAAUAGCUGUCCGCGCGGGACGACUCUGAAGCAUGCCUGGAAGGCCAUGGAGGAGCGGAGAGGCUCUGAGCAGAGUCCAUGUCUCUAGCAGGCCUAGCUCUACUUGGCACCAGAUACCGGUACUGGGAGGCAUACCGGUACCGGGAACGAGAUCGGGACCUGCGACUGGAACGGUGCCGGGAGGUCGACCGCGAUCUCGAGGCUCGGCAUCGGGAGCGGCUACGGGAGUCACGGUGCCUGGAGCGGUGCCGAGAAUAUCGGGCCGGUGACCGGGAUGCUGACUGGAGCAGCGAGUGCGACUGGUACCGCAGAGGAGAACGGUGCCGGGACUGCGAGCGGCGACGGGCGCGGAAGCGCCGUCGGGACCUGGAACGUCUGCGGGACCAUGAUCUAGAACGGUGCCGGUCUGCUGUGCCAACAGAGGGUGGCCGAAUCAAGGCCGGCUUGCCUAUAGACUGUAUCGCCCGCACCAGCGGUGCCGGGGGCGGAGGCAGUAUCGACUCUGUCAUCAAAAUCAGAUCCCUCGCCGUUGAGAACGUCUCCGGCAUGGACGGGAUAUUAAGCUCUACCACGGGUCUAGCCGGGGAGCUGACAGGCACCAGACUCGAUGGCCCUUGUGGGACCGGAAUUGACGGUGCAGACGUCGUCGGUGCCGUGGCGGGUGUCGGCGCCGGGCGGUCCGACUUGGAUGAGCUCUCUGGCUGCGGUGCAGGUGGCACGGAAGCAGCAGGAGUCUUAGAUUUUCUCGACCUCGGGGAGAGGGAGCGGCGUCGAGCCGGCCUCGGUGCCAGCGACGGGUGGUGCUGAGGAGCCUUGGCCGUACCGCUGCGGUCCGGUGCCAAGGAGGUGCUUCUGUUCGAAGAGUGACCAGUGCUCGGUGCUGAAGGCUGAGGCGUGAGAGCCGCCUCCAUGAGGAGCUGCUUUAGCCUAAUGUCCCGCUCCUUUUUUGUUCUUGGCUUAAAAGCCUUGCAAAUGUGGCACUUAGCUGUCAGGUGCGACUCCCCGAGGCACUUCAGACAGGAGUCGUGUGGGUCUCCUGUCAGCAUCGACCUGCGGCAGGCCAAGCACGGUUUUGAAACCUGGUGAACCGGGCAUGGGCCCCGGCACCGGGUGCGGGGAAGGGGCUAUUCCCCAAACCCCUCUUAACUAAUAUUAUACUAAAUAUACUAUAAAGUAAUAAA